AUGGACGCCGAUUCGCAACGACAAUUUCAUGCUCAUGCGUUCACUGGUUUCGAAAGACCGCCUGAGACAGCCCAACGAGUCGAUGACCCUCAGUUCGAUAUCUUCGAUUGGUACCCCAAGUAUCAAAGCUGUCAACGUUAUUUUCUCGAUCAUGCUCAGCACAGCGUCCCCGUACAAGCUUUAGCGGCCUUCGUCAAUAUUCUGCUACCUUUUCAGCGACCCCAAUAUCCAGCUGUACGUACUGUGCGGUCCGAAAGCACAGCCUCCUCUUCUCGAAGCCCAGGUACGAUCAGAACUGCUCAAACCCCAACAAACAUGACACCAGCAUCAUUUACAUCGCUCAUACCGUUCAUCAGAAGAUUGGUAGUAACGGGCAUGGAUUUUCCAGGGGUGCUUCAUGGUUUCUUCGGGGAUGAUUGGCCGGUGGGUGUCGGGCCCCUGCAUGAACAAGAGCGGAGAAAUUAUCUUUUUGCGGCAAAAAGUGGUGGGUGGGCGUCUGUAAAGAGGGACUACGAUAUGCUUCCAAUGGAGACUGUACCUUUCUUGCGACCUUUACAAAGGCCUCUGGAUGCAGAGAUUGAAGGGGCCGAAAGGGCUUGGAGCCAGUGGCUUGCUAUGGAGGACUGGAUGGUUGGCUCAAGAGCACCAGAGACCAUGAACAACACUAACCAUGCUGGAAAUGCGGAUGGAGUAGAAGAUUGA